CGUCGUUUGGUGCGGAUCGCAGUCGCAUUUGUUGCGGGAAUAAACGGUGUGUGAAUUAAAAAAGUGAAACCAUGUCGGAGGUGAACCCAAACCAUAUAGGAACUGAAGCAGGAGCAGCAGCCACCGGUGCAGCCAAGUGCGCCAAUGUGAACAAUAACAAUAGUGCCCGUUCCAGCAGGACGGGAAGUGCCGUCUCCACCGAAACGGACCAGGAUGUGGACAGCCAGAGAUUUGGAUGGUGCGGCUGGAAUCCACAGUGGCUCCAGCGCUUCUGCACCGCCAAGUGGGCACUCUUCUGGCUGUGCUGGGGCGGUGCUCUCCAAGGUCUAAUUGUCAACGGUUUGAUCAAUGUGUCCAUCUCCACAAUCGAACGGCGCUUUGGCCUACGCUCCCGUCAGACAGGCCUGGUGGCCAGCGGCUACGAUGUGGCCUCCUUUGCCUGCCUGGUGCCGGUCACAUAUUAUGGAGGAAGACGUGGUGCCUCCAAGCCGCGAUUCAUUGCCAUCGGUCUGAUCGUGAUGGGCAUGGGAUCGUUGGUUUUUCUGCUGCCUCACUUCCUGGUGGGCAACUACAGGGCCAGCAUUGAUGAGGCAAAUGUUUGUGAGACGGCCGGACUGCAGCUUAACUCCAGCCAGACGACAAUGGGAUCCUGCGAGACGGAGACGGGGAACGAGAGCGAGAGUCUAACCUGGACUGUAUGGCUGUUUCUGGGCGCUCAACUGCUCCACGGAGCCGGUGCCUCACCCCUCUUCACGCUGGGCGUCACAUAUAUCGAUGAGAAUGUCUCAAAGAAGAUGUCGUCUGUUUACUUGGGCAUUUACUACACCAUGGCCACCGUUGGACCCGCGAUUGGCUACGUCUUUGGCGGACAGUUGCUGCUUAUCUACACGGACUGGAUGACCGUGGAUCCUGUGCAACUCAGCCUGACGAGUGACAGCAAGGUGUGGAUUGGUGCCUGGUGGCUUGGUUUUAUUUUCGCCGCUGCCAUGUGUCUCCUAGUGGCCCUGCCCAUUCUGGGAUAUCCGAAAUCCCUGCCUGGGGCAGAAAAGCUUCAGCUAGAAAGGGUUUCAGAGGCACAUGCCACCAAAACGGAGUCCGAGGAAGAAGUGUCGAGCAAGGGCUUGGGAAAACUUCCUCGGGCUGUGCUCAGCCUGCUUGGUAAUCCUACCUUCUUUUUCCUGAACCUGGCCGGAGCCACUGAGGGACUGAUCAUAGCUGGAUUCGCUGCCUUUCUGCCCAAACAAAUCGAGAACCAAUUUAGCAUCUCGCCCAUGCUCUCCGCUUUGGUCAUGGGCCUGAUCACGGUUCCAGCAGGCGGUGGCGGCACCUUUCUCGGUGGCUACUUGGUGAAAAAGUGGAACCUGACCUGCAGUGGCAUCAUCAAGAUGUGCCUGAUGGCCACCACAGUGGCGGCACUUUUCACCUUCUGUUUCCUGGUCUCCUGUCCGAAUCCUCAGUUUGCUGGCGUCACCACGGGCUACAAUUUGGAGUCCAGAAGCGGACCAAUUGCCUUGGAGGCGCCCUGUAAUGCCAACUGCGAAUGCAGCCGCUCCAACUACGAUCCCAUCUGUGGAGUUAAUGGUGUGAUGUACUACAGUCCCUGCUAUGCGGGAUGUAGCCAGGAGGAGCAUGUGGACAGCCUGAAGCGUUACCACAAUUGCAGCUGCAUCGGAAGCGUUGGCUGGGUGGAUAUGGACGUAGACGAUGGCUUUCCGCGGCCGGAAGCCACCAAUCUUAAGUGCGAUUCCACAUGCCAGAGCCUGCCGCUGUUCGUGGGACUCUGUUUCGUCCUGAUGAUAUUCACUUUUCUGGCCACCAUGCCCGCUUUGUCGGCCACCUUGAGAUGCGUUCAGGACGAGCAGCGAUCCUUUGCCCUGGGUCUGCAGUGGAUAAAAGUGCGCCUCCUGGGCACCAUACCGGCUCCUCUUAUUUUUGGCGCCCUGAUUGAUGAGUCUUGCAUUUUGUGGCAUGAGUCCUGCGACAAGGAGGCAGGUGGAGCCUGUCUUGUUUACGAUAACUUUUAUAUUAGUCGAUAUAUGUGGCUUUUGGCCUUGAUCUGCAAACUAGGAUCCGUGGUGUUCUUCCUGGCCGCUUGGUGGUUCUAUGUGCCACCCCCUAAGCCAUCGAAUGCUAAUGAAAAGACAGAGGAUAAUUAA